UCAUUCAAGAACCCCCAUUUAAUUUCUCCCAGCCGCCUCCAUUUCUCAAAGACCCAAAGGCUUCUCCCUUCUUUUCUUAGCACCCGACACAAACUCAACACACAUACAUACACGCACAAAAACUCUCCCUCUCCCUCUCCCUCUCCCUCUCCCUGCUUAGUACAAACCAAGAAGUUUCAUUAUUUUCUUCAGUCUCUCUAAGACCAGGUUGACCAUUCUCUCUUUAGUCAUUCAAGCUGGCGAUCGAAAACCAAGAAACCACUAUUAAGCCCAAGAACAGAAGAAUAAUGGGAGCUGGAGGACCUGAUGAUGAGGACCACAGGUGGCCGCCAUGGCUAAAACCUUUGUUGCGCGAGAGAUUCUUUGUUCAAUGUAAGAUGCACGCUGAUUCACACAAGAGUGAAUGCAACAUGUAUUGUUUGGAUUGUAUGAGUGGUGCUCUUUGCUCUCUCUGCCUUGCCUACCACAAGGAUCACCGUGCUAUUCAGAUAAGGAGGUCCUCAUACCAUGAUGUGAUAAGGGUUUCUGAAAUACAGAAGGUGCUAGACAUCACUGGUGUCCAAACUUAUGUUAUCAACAGUGCUAGAGUUGUGUUUUUGAACGAGAGGCCUCAGCCAAGGCCUGGAAAAGGUGUAACCAACACCUGCGAGGUCUGCGAGCGCAGCCUCCUCGAUUCCUUCCGCUUCUGCUCUCUUGGGUGCAAGAUUGUUGGUACUUCAAAGAACUUCCAGAAGAGGAAGAAACAACAAAUGUCCAUGGCAUCGGAUUCGGAGGACUCUUAUAGCAGCAGCAGCAGUCAUGGGCAGUACAUGAAGACGAAGAACAAUGACAACAAAGUGCAGAGCUUCUCCCCCUCUACACCACCUCCAACGCCUGCUAGUCACCGGGCAGCAAAGCGAAGAAAGGGAAUCCCCCACCGAGCCCCAAUGGGAGGACUAAUAAUAGAAUAUUAGAACACUGAUGAUGUUUUAGCAAAGAUAUUAGAUCACCCCCAUAUAUACAAGUUUGUUAUCUAAAUGCCCCUCUUCUCCAAACCCCAUGCUUGCACAGCUCUCUUCUGACAGAGAGGGACCAGUAUUGGAGGUUUUAGCCCUAAGUCAAUGUUGAUGUGUAUAUAAGAAGAAGUAGUACUGCUACAGCACAUAGAAGAAAAUAACAUGAAUGUGAAGGACUGGAUGGUAAGAAUAAGAAGCCAAGGCUUUUGCUAUUUAUAUUAUAUAUAAAAAAAGAGAGAUAAAAAGGAGAGAACAGUGGGGGUUGUUAUACAUAAGUCUGGGAUUCAAGAAAAAGGAAAAUGUAAAUAGGGUUUUGGUGGGUAGGUGGGUCGCUAAGGAAAGAGGCAGUGAAAAGACAAUGUACUCCCUGGUUUGAAAAUGGUUUCGGCUACUUGUCUGGAACGAUGAUGGUGUUUAUAUAAAAAGGAAAAUGAAGAUAAGAGAUUUUUAAUUAA